AUUUUAGCGAAGUGACUAAAACAAAAUGAAAUAAAAUUGAGUAGAGUCCGAAGAGAGAAAAUAGAGGAGCAGCUAUCCUCUGCGGUUCUUCUUCACUCCUUUUGAUCCGGUUCAUAAAAUACGAAUAAAUUAACCUCAUGGCUCGCCUGGAUUCUUCGUCGUCGUCGACCUCAGAUAUCGAUCUGGAUCGCCCCAACAUCGAAGAGUACCUCCCCUCCGAAUCAAUCAGUGAAAGCCCCAAGCGCCUUCACCUUAAGGAUUUGCUCAAUAUUUCUCCUGCAUUGGCGGAAGCAGCGGGCGCCAUCAUCGAUGAUUCUUUUACUCGCUGCUUUAAAUCUAAUCCUCCAGAACCUUGGAAUUGGAAUAUAUACCUGUUUCCCUUGUGGUGUUUGGGAGUGGUUGUCAGAUAUGGAAUUCUUUUUCCAACAAGGGUUUUUAUAUUGGCCGCAGGAUGGAUUUUAUUCUUUUCAGCUUUUUUUCCUGUACAUUUCCUAUUGGCAGGGCAUAAUAAGUGGAGGCGAAAGAUAGAGAGAAAAUUGGUGGAAAUGAUGUGCAGCAUCUUUGUUGCUUCAUGGACAGGGGUGGUCAGGUAUCAUGGACCUCGGCCUAGCAUGCGACCUCAACAGGUAUUUGUUGCCAAUCACACUUCGAUGAUCGAUUUCAUCAUUCUAGAGCAGAUGACAGCUUUUGCAGUUAUCAUGCAAAAACAUCCUGGAUGGGUCGGAUUUAUCCAGAAGACCAUUUUGGAAAGUGUAGGUUGUAUCUGGUUCAACCGUACAGAGUCUAAAGAUCGUGAAAUUGUGGCCAGAAAGUUAAGAGAACACACUCAAGGAGUUGACAACAACCCUCUUCUGAUAUUCCCAGAAGGAAUUCCAGGAACCUGCGUAAACAAUCAAUACACUGUGAUGUUCAAAAAGGGAGCUUUUGAACUUGGUUGUGCUGUCUGCCCGAUAGCUAUUAAGUACAACAAGAUUUUUGUGGAUGCAUUUUGGAAUAGCAAGAAGCAAUCUUUUACAAUGCAUUUAGUCCGUCUUAUGACAUCAUGGGCUGUAGUCUGUGAUGUUUGGUACCUUGAACCUCAGUUCCUAAGACCCGGAGAAACACCUAUUGAAUUUGCAGAAAGGGUUCGAGACAUGAUUGCUGCUCGGGCUGGUCUCAAAAAGGUCCCCUGGGAUGGAUAUCUAAAAUACUACCGCCCAAGCCCCAAGCUUACAGAACGAAAGCAGCAGAACUUUGCAGAGUCAGUGUUACGGCGGUUGGAAGAAAAAUGAGAGCUAUCUUUUUGCAUCAAUUACUCAUCUUUAGAGGUUAAGCGCAGAGUUUUCUUUAGGCUGCUACUACUGUACUAUCGUGUGAUAGUUCUAGGAGAAGGCUAGUAUGGAAAAUUUUAGGAUACUACUGUACCUCCUUGUUGUUUAAUUGUACAGUAAAAUUCAACGCAGAGCAGUUGAGCAUCUAGUAAUCUGUUUUGUUCUCAUUGUGUUGGAUGUUAUCUACCGUCUGAAUAUUUGUCGAGGGAUUAAUGCAUGUACUAAGCAGUUUUCUUUGAGGUUAACAUUCAAUUCUGGCGUGUGAUCUCAAAGCUUCA